AUGUUCUCCGACACGAUGUUGUUCGCUACGAUCUGCCUCGCUCUCGCCCUGGCCUCCACUCCAGCGUUUGCCAAACCGUCAUUCACGAUCCUCCUUCCCUGUUCGGCGUCCGCCUCAUCGCACGCGAUCGUUCCGGACGCCUCGUGCCAACUUGUUUCGCCCAACGGCGCCUUUUCCGUCGCCAGUCUCGCAGCUACUGAGCCCAACGUAGCCCUCGGCUUCUCCUCCACCCCCGACUGCGCCUCGACCUACACUCCCGACCGCGACGAGCUGGUCCAGUUGCACCAGAACCAGACGUGCCGCUCGUUCGUCGUCAAGGCCGAUCCCGAGUAUCACUUGCUGGACGAGUCGAACAACUCGAAGGACAAAGAGAGCGACACGAAGGACGAGAAGGGCGACACAAACGACAGUCAGGCCAAGGACAAGGAGAACGCCAAGAAGGACGCUGAAGGGGAUGGAAGAGGGUGGAUGAGGAAGCGGUUCUUGGAGGUCAAGGACGGAGCGGAGGAGAGGGCCGUAGGCUACGGGGAUGAUGUGAGCCUUGAUCAGGAUCCUCAACUGCCUGCGGGCCAUGUGCCGUUGAAGUACGUCAUGCUGGUUCAGGUCUGA